UGAUUUGUCAGCUUGUCACAAUUAGAAACAUGACCGCUGAUCUGAUCGUGGACCCCCAAAUCCGCUUCUGGGUGUUCUUGCCCAUCGUAGUGAUAACAUUUCUAGUCGGAAUCCUUCGCCACUACAUCUCCAUACUUCUAUCAAGCCAAAAAAAGGUAGAAAUCCAGCAACUAGCAGACAGUCAACUGAUCCUCCGAGCGAGAGUCCUGCGAGAAAACGCCAAAUACAUCCCCAAGACCUCGUUCUUGAUACGAAAACAUGCCUUCAACAGAGAAGAGGAGGGCUACUUGAUGCAGAAGCGUCCCCCGGUGACGCAGAACAUGAUGACCGACCCCACCAUGAUGACCGACAUGGUAAAAGGGAACCUCACCAACGUUCUGCCCAUGAUCAUCAUCGGCGGCUGGAUCAACUGGAUGUUCUCGGGCUUCAUCACCACCAAGGUACCCUUCCCGUUGACCCUGCGGUUCAAGUCCAUGCUGCAAAGAGGCAUCGAGCUGUCGCACCUCGACGCAUCCUGGGUGUCGUCGGCGUCGUGGUACUUUUUGAACGUGUUCGGCUUGAGGAGCAUUUACGCGCUGGUGUUGGGGGAGAACAACGCCGCCGACCAGAGCAAGCAAAUGCAGGAUCAGAUGUCGGGGGCGGCGAUGGCCAUGCCCAACGACCCCAAAGUACCUUUCAAAGCAGAGUGGGAAGCUCUGGAGAUCGUGGACCAUCAGUGGGUGUUGACGGAUAUUGAGAACACAAUCACCCAGAGUGAUGGUUAAUGAGUGAGUCGAAUCUAGUUUAUUGUAUUGUUCAGACAUUGAUUGUUUCAAGUUGAGUAUUGAGAUUUUUUUAAGUUAUGCGAAUUGGGAGUUUACUUACUUUUCAUUAAAUAUACUGCCGUUGCUUUGU